AUGUGUAUGACACACCAUCGUAAUCGUCGUGAUCCGUGCUCAGCCGCCAAUAACAAUGAAGUUAUUGUGAAGCACAUUGCUAUCAAGUGGGAUGUACACUUCCAACUUAAGAUGUUGAUGGGACAAGCAACACUAACUUGCCAGAUGUUAACAAAGACUGAUAAAAUUCUGUUGGAUGUUCGUGAUCUCUCAAUCCGUUCAGUCAGUGUUAACCAAAAAGAUGCUGAUUACCGUAUUGCACCUAAUGUAUAUACUUUCUUCGGCUCGAAGAUGACAAUUUAUAUUCCUUCCGAAUUCCAAAAAGAAGGAAGCGAAUUGGCUGUUGUUAUUGCAUAUGGCACCUCUCCAGAAGCUACUGCCUUACAAUGGAUGAAAAAAGAACAAACAGCUGAUAAGAAGGCUUCUUAUCUCUUCUCUCAAUGCCAAGCCAUCCAUGCGCGAUCCAUUGUACCAUGUAUGGAUACUCCAUCCGUUAAGACAACCUAUGAAGCUGAGGUUAGAGUACCUCUUGGCUUAACUUGCCUUAUGAGUGCUAUCGGAGAAGGUUCCAAAAGUGACGAUGAGUUCACAACUUUCUUCUAUAAGCAACCUGUUGCCAUUCCAUCCUAUCUCAUAGCUAUUGUCGUGGGUUGCUUGGAAAAAAGAGAUAUCAGUGAUAGAGUGGCUGUGUGGGCUGAACCAUCAAUGGUAGAUAAAGCUCACUGGGAGUUCGCCGAGACCGAAGAUAUUUUGGCAUGUGCCGAAGAAAUUGCAGGAAAAUACAUUUGGGGAAGAUAUGACAUGGUGUGCUUACCCCCUAGUUUCCCAUUCGGUGGAAUGGAAAACCCAUGUUUGACAUUCUUAACUCCCACUCUCAUUGCUGGAGAUCGUUCACUCGUCAGUGUUAUUGCUCAUGAAAUCGCUCAUAGCUGGUCAGGAAAUUUGGUUACUAACAGUAGUUGGGAACAUUUCUGGCUGAAUGAAGGUUUUACCAUGUUUAUUGAACGAAAAAUAUGUGGACGUCUCGUGAGUGAAGAUUACAGACAAUUCAUGGCCUUCAAUGGGUGGACAAACUCUUUAAUGCCAGCUGUAUAUGAGCAAUUCACACCUACACAUCAAUUCACCAAGCUCAUACAAGAUCAUACCAACGUUGAUCCUGAUGUUGCAUUCUCUUGCGUUCCAUAUGAAAAGGGAUCAGCUCUCUUGUUCUACUUAGAGCAAAAGCUAGGAGGACCAGAAAUCUUCGAAGAGUAUCUGAGGAAUUAUAUUCAAACUUUUGCCCACAAAGCAAUAGAUAGCAUGCAAUGGAAAGAUCACUUGUACACAUACUUCCAUGAUAAGAAGCAUAUUUUGGAUAAAGUAGAUUUCAAUUUGUGGUUCAAUGGAGUUGGCAUGCCUCCUGAGAAGCCUGACUAUGGACAAGAAAUGGUUCACGCUUGUGAAGAACUGUUCAACCAAUGGAUUGGAGCUAAACCAGAAGAUGUAAGCAGCAUUUGCCCAUCUACUUACAAGGCUAUGCAACCUCUCCAGCAGAUUGAGUUUAUUUCUCAGUUAUGGCAGCAUGAUCCUCCUCUUGAGCACUGGAAGCUUGAGGCUUUGAAUGAACAUUACAAACUGUCACAAUCUCAAAACAGUGAAAUUCUUUUGAAUUGGAUCCGCCUUUGUAUUAAAGCGAAAUGGGAGCCAAUUAUUGAUAAAGCUUUGCACUUCGUAUCCACCCAAGGAAGAUUGAAGUAUUGCCGACCAGUUUAUAGAGACCUCUCCAGUUGGCCAGCAGCUAACCGUCGUGCUCGUGAUACAUACUUAAAAGGACGACAUGGCAUGCAUCCAAUCACUGCUGAAAUGAUUGCAAAAGACUUACAUCUUAGACAUUCCACACACACCGUGUGUUUCUAA